AUGGCGGCCGUUCAGACUCUUCCUACUCCCAUGGGAGGUACUUCGACAUACUUCGACACCGAUGCCAUUGUUGAUGGUUCAGCACCCAAAGUCGCGAACAGCGCUGGUUUCUUCAAUGUCGCAGUCGCAGCCAAUCAUAAAGAAGGUGCUGAAGAGCUUGCACUUUUGAAGUAUGUAUACAGCCGGCCGGACCUAGAAAAGCUACGUGGAAACCCAGAUGCAGUCUGCAACGCCAUUGACGACUUUGCGGACACAAUUCCACGAGGGUUGAUGACCAUUGGAGCGGAGAAGCGUGCCUUUAUCACAGACAUGCUGGCUACUGCUGAGCCUGCGCCGACUCUGUUCCUCGAAUUCGGCUCUUAUGUUGGAUACUCCGCCAUCUGUCUUGCCAGCGCCAUGGUAGCACGAGCGGGUCCGGGUCAGCGCGUUCGCUACGUAUCGUUUGAGAAGAACCCCAUCAUCGCGGCUGUCGCAGCCAGUCUGGCGGAUUUGGCAGGUCUGCGGGAUGUUAUCAGUAUCAACGUUGGCCCAGCUGGCGAGUCGUUGAUGCGUCUUGUUAAGGAGGGUGUAGUGACAAAGGGCACUGUCGAUUUUAUGCUCUUGGACCACUGGAAGGACUUUUACAUUUCUGAUUUGCAGCUGUGUGAGAAAUCUUCCCUACUCAGGCCGGGCUCGGUCGUGCUAGCCGAUAACAUCAUCUUCCCUGGUGCCCCAGAGUACCUAGCCUAUGUACAGGCGGGUAAAGCGGAGAUGUCGUCCGAUGGCUUCAGCUAUGCGACAAAGACUGCUGAUUUUAUCCUUCCUUUUGGAGGCCCAGACCAACUGGCGAUCUCCACCGUGUCGUAG